AUGCCAUCUAUUUCAAGUGUUUCAUUAGCAAGAAUGGAGAUACUUAAAUAUUUUUAUUUAUCCAACAAUCUCCUAACAACAUUGCCAGAUUCACUCUAUCUAAUUAAAGAUAUGAAGAAACUCGAUAUUCAAAAUAAUAAUUUCGAUGCAAAAGAAAAAGCAUGGAUUGAAGGAAUAUUUCGAGUGACAAAUACUACUGUUGGUGUUUGA